AUGUUACCACCGACAACGGUUGAAGAGCAAAAACCGAAACCAGCACGGAAAAGACAACGAAAAACUACAACGAAUACUAAAAGCAAGAAGGCCAAUGCUAGUCCUGCUCCGAGCAAUGCCGGAUUCCCGACGAAUCCAUUGUCUAGCAACUUUUCGUCGCUGGGUUUCCAGGACGUCAUGGUGGUAGGCGAGCCAUCAAUGAUGGGAGGAGAUUUUGGCGAAGAAGAUGAGCGGACAAUUUCAAGAGUCGAGAACACGCAGUAUGACCCGAAUGCCUUGCAGGUAUGGUGGAUGGAACUUGAAAACGAUUUAUGA